AUGGGGCUCUUCAAGAAGAGGGAGGCUGGCCUGUCCUCACACCACAGCAAUGGCCAUCCACCUAAAGAAGGUCCCAUCGAUGGACCUGCCGACAGUAACAUCAACGGCAACGACCUGGCUGAGCAAAAGGUGACCUGGAUUGCUUGCAUUCUGGGUGCCGUCGCCAGUAUCGGCGGCUUCAUCUUCGGAUACAUCAGUGGUCAAAUCUCUGGCUUCUUCUUGAUGCAGGACUAUGCCGAGCGCUUCGGAGAGCUGCAGAGCGACGGCUCGUACACUUUCAGCGCCGCCCGGCAAGGCACAAUCGUCGGUUUGCUGAGCGUCGGUGCCCUUCUCGGCGCCCUCCUCGCAGGAAAGAUGGCCGACACCAUUGGCCGCCGCCUGACCAUCUCCGCCUCCGCGUUCUUCACCUGCAUCGGAACCAUCAUCGAAAUAUCCUCGUCGCACCACUGGGUUCAAUUCGCCAUUGGCCGCCUCGUCAGCGGUCUCAGCAUCGGCUCCCUGUCCGUCGUCGUCCCCAUGUACCAGGGCGAGAGUACGCCGGCUGUGAUUCGCGGUGUCAUCAUCUCGUCCUACCAGCUGCUCAUCACCCUGGGAAUCUGGACCGCAGAAAUGGUGAACUGGGGUACCGAGGCGAAAGCCAGCAGUGCCUCGUGGCGAAUCCCCAACGGCCUCUCGUUCGCGUGGGCCCUGAUCCUUGGCGUUGGCAUCCUCUUCAUGCCCGAGUCUCCGAGAUACGCCUACGGCAAGGGACGAAUUGACGAGGCUCGCAACACCAUUGCGCGCCUCUCUGGCCUGCCGGCUCAUUCCGAUGGCGUCAACCACCAGAUCGACGACAUCCGCCAGAAGGUGGAGGAAGAGAACGAGAGCCAAAAGGCGUUCCACUUCACCGAGAUCUUCACCGGCCCGCGCAUGAUGUACCGCACGAUCCUCGGUAUCGUCCUGCAGGCCGGCCAGCAGCUGACCGGCGCCAACUUCUUCUUCUACUUCGGAACGACCGUCUUUGCCGCGACCGGCAUCAGCAACAGCUACACCACGCAGAUCAUUCUAGGAUCCGUCAACGUCUUCUGCACCAUCAUUGGGCUUUGGAUCAUCAAGCGAUUCGGCCGCCGACCGAUUCUCAUGAUCGGCGCUGCCUGGAUGAUGAUGUGCUUCUUCAUCUACGCCUUUGUUGGCCACUUUGCCCUCGACAACGAGGAUCCCAUGCGAACCCCCAAGGCAGGCUCUGCGCUCGUCACGUUCUCCUGCCUGGCCAUCGCAGCGUUUGCCGUCAGUUGGGGUCCUCUUGUGUGGGCCGUCAAUGCUGAGUUGUAUCCCCUGCGCUACCGGAGUACCUGCAUGGGCCUUGCCACGGCCUCCAACUGGCUCUGGAACUUCCUCAUCUCCUUCUUCACGCGUUUCAUCACCGAUGCGAUCGACUACUUGUACGGCCUCGUCUUUGCUGGAUGCUGCGCGGCCCUCGUCGUCAUCGUAUUCUUCUUCGUCAUCGAGUCCAAGGAUCGCACGCUCGAGGAGAUCGACACCAUGUACGUCCGUCACGUCAGCGCGAUCCACUCGGGCCGCUGGGACACGCACGACUAUCGCCAGGAGGUCCGGCGGAGAAGUGAAGCGAGAAGCGAGGCGGCGCGAAGCGAGGGACGAGUCGAUGGCAACGAAGCAUGA